AUGGAGCCGGGGCUGUGUGUGCCGGAGUUCUGGGUGGUGCCGGGUAGUGCGAACAUUUGUGCUCAAGGGCUUGGAGCAAAGCGAGCAACUGAGUUUGCAAUCGGCGAGUGCCUGAGAUCUGAGAACCUGUACCGUUCGGCGAAAAGCUUGCACGGUAGAGGUUGGAGUGAAAAAGUUUGCAAGUUGUUGAGAGCGGAUUGGAUUGUGGGUACACGCAAAAUACGUCCGUCCAUUCGAAUGAUCAGGAAGAUGGCAGGCUCUGGGGUGGAGCCACAGAUUCUUGUACAGUACUUAGUGUUACGAAAGGAUCUAUCUCAGGCUCCUUUUUCCUGGCCCACGGGAGCAUUGGUAGCGCAGGCUUGUCACGCCGCCACAGCAGCCUUGCACCUCCAUCGAGACCAUCCGCACACAGCAGCUUAUCUCCGGGAGCUGGGGCGCAUGCGCAAGGUCGUUCUCGAGCCUGCUGAUGAGGCCACCUUGAAGGAGCUGGCCGAGACCCUGCAGCAGAAGAGCAUUGACCACACGCUGUGGCUCGAGCAGCCUGAGAACAUUGCCACAUGCAUUGCCCUGAGGCCGUACUCCAAGGAAGAAGUGAGCCAGUAUUUGAAGAAGUUCCGGUUGUUCAAGUGA